AAAUUAAGGACACCCACUUUUAUUAUAAAUGCCCAUGAAGUUUGGGUACAUUGACAAAUAUUCGGUUAUCCUCAAAAACAAUUACUGUUGAUUUCUUGGAGAAAAUUCUAAAGAUUUCUAUCCAAAAAAAAAAAAGAAAAAAAAAAAAAAGUUGAUUUCUUGGAGAAAAAUUAAGUCCCCUGUUUUUAUAUAAAUACAGAAAAGGUUGAUUAAGAAGUGUAACAAAUUAUCAAAUUUCAGAAAGAUGUCGAACACUGCUGGUCAAGUUAUUCGUUGCAAAGCUGCUGUAGCAUGGGAAGCAGGAAAGCCAUUAGUGAUAGAGGAAGUGGAGGUUGCACCUCCACAAAAAAUGGAGGUUCGAGUGAAGAUCCUCUUCACUUCACUUUGUCACACUGAUGUCUACUUCUGGGAGGCCAAGGGGCAAACACCUGUUUUUCCUCGAAUCCUCGGUCAUGAAGCUGGAGGAAUUGUGGAAAGUGUUGGAGAGGGUGUGACAGAGCUAAAGCCAGGAGACCAUGUUCUGCCUAUCUUCACUGGUGAGUGCAAGGAAUGUGCACACUGCAAAUCAGAGGAGAGUAACAUGUGUGAUCUCCUGAGGAUCAACACCGACAGAGGUGUGAUGCUUAACGACGGGAAAUCGAGGUUCUCAAUCAAAGGACAACCCAUUUUCCACUUCGUCGGAACAUCCACAUUUAGUGAAUACACUGUGCUUCAUGUUGGCUGUCUUGCCAAGAUCAACCCUGAAGCAUCCCUUGACAAAGUCUGUGUUCUGAGCUGUGGAAUCUCUACAGGUUUUGGCGCGACUGUGAAUGUUGCUAAACCAAAGAAGGGUCACACAGUUGCUGUUUUCGGCCUAGGAGCCGUUGGCCUUGCGGCUGCUGAGGGCGCCAGAGUUUCUGGUGCAUCAAGGAUCAUAGGUGUGGAUCUGGUGUCUAGCAGGUUUGAAGCAGCUAAGAAGUUCGGUGUGACUGAUUUUGUGAACCCGAAAGACCAUGACAAACCAGUUCAAGAGGUAAUUGCUGAGAUGACUAAUGGAGGUGUGGACAGAAGUGUCGAAUGCACUGGAAAUAUUCAAGCCAUGAUUUCUGCUUUUGAAUGUGUUCAUGAUGGCUGGGGCGUUGCUGUUCUUGUUGGCGUGCCCAACAAAGAUGAUGCUUUCAAGACUCAUCCCAUGAACUUCCUUAACGAGAGGACGCUCAAGGGAACUUUCUUCGGCAACUAUAAGCCUCGUACUGAUAUCCCAGGAGUCGUGGAGAAGUACAUGAACAAGGAGCUUGAGCUGGAGAAAUUUAUAACCCAUGAAGUCGCUUUCAAGGACAUCAACAAGGCUUUCGACCUCAUGCUGAAGGGUGAAAGUAUCAGGUGCAUUAUUCGGAUGGAUGCUUGAACUGUUAUAUAGAGCUGACUUAGAGUUUAAGAAUGAAGAAAUAAAUAAAAGAAUAAAAUGUCGUUUUUUCUUCUUUAUUCUCUUUACGUAUAUGGAAGGGUUUUCCCUUAGUGCUUCGACUGCCUUUGGAGAAUUAGUGUUUAAACUUUCGAUAUACCAAAAUGUUAAAGAGUGCAUGUUAGUAUGAUUGCAGGCUUUUGUGAAUCUUAGUUCUUUACUGAAUUAGUUCUUAAAUUUCUGGCUUUUCCCAGUGAAAUUUUGUUUGUAUGUGCUUCCAAGGGAUUCUACCAACCCAUUAUAAGAGCAUGUUUGGUUAGUG